CAAUCUCAGCGGCAUCGUAACGGGUGACUCACUGACGAGUGCUUUGGACUUGGCUCAAGUGCUUGCCAUCCACUCCGCCACCUGCUACGUUAAGGACCCACUUUGAACCCCGCGCAGCCUGGCAAUGGCGCGCGUGCUGGCUGUGAUGCUGAUGGCGCUCGCCUUCGUGCAGGCUAGCGCCCUGGACUCGGAGGAGGAUCGCCCCAAGGGCGCCCGCAGGCGGGCCCGUGAGCGCGCGCUCGCCUCGCAGACCGAGGAGGACGUGGCCAAGUUCGGCUGCGCCCAGCUCGGUGGCGACAAGUGGUUCUCGGACGCGCACGGCGAGCUGUUCCAGGUGAAGCAGGACCACUGCUCGAUCACCUUCGCGCUGAAGACCAAGAGCGGUGCAAUUGUCGAGAAGCGCGGCGUGGUCAGGGGCGCCAAGGUGCUGAUGGAGCCGCCCUUCCCCGAGGGCACGGUGCUGGGAGGAAGCGUCAAGUUCGAGAACGGCGCCACGUGGCAGCGCAAGUGGUGAGCGCCUCGCCGGAUCGCUGGGCGGCCUCCCGUCGAAACCCAGGGCCGGCAGUCGACGAGCCUCGAGCCUCUGAGACGCCUGCGGGCGAACAACAAAUGCCGACAGCUGCCACUUUCGGGCCUCGUUCUGGCAUGGCAGCGUGGCCCACGUCGGGGAGGGUUGGGUUCGCCGGGCCGCCGGCCAAAGUGCCUCUUCGUGGGGUCCCAGCCAGAGGGGCGCCGAGACUUCCGGGCUCCAUGCGGCCCGAUCUGGUGAGGUGGCCUCUCCAUCGGGCCUCCUCGCCCUCGAUCGCUCCGGCGACGGCCUCGCGGGAGGCUGCCUCCUCCUGUGAGCUGCCGCAGAGGUGGGCGCCGCGGUCGGGCGGCCGCGCGCCCUCGCGGGGGGGACGCGCGCGCCCGAGUGGCCGCCGC